AACGGAGGGAGAGAGCGAGCGAGAGAGGGGAGAGGGAGAGACAGAGAGGGAGAGAGAGAGAGAGAGGAGAGAGAGAGGGAGAGAAGUGCUGCAUGCUUCAUCUUUGAGAGGAGGGAAAACAAAAGACCUCAGCGGCAGUUUUGUGUUGCUGUGUCUGGCUUAAAGAGGAACCUUCUAGACAUCCGUGCUGGAGAAAUCAAAGCUCAGCUGAGACUACUUCCAUCAAGAGCAUUGUUUUAUCUGAGGAUGGGUUGGAUCAGUACAGGUGGUUUGAGAAGACGCUGACUGAGGACCAUGGAAAGGUGGGCGAGGACGCGCGGCUUCCCUGCUUCCACUGAGCAGAGCUCUAGGCACCACAAGGCCACAUAAGGAGGGUGAGGUCCCUGGGGUGGAUUACAUUUUCAUCACUGUUGAAGAUUUUAUGGAAUUGGAGAAAAGCGGUGCUCUCCUAGAAAGCGGGACUUAUGAAGACAAUUACUACGGUACCCCAAAGCCUCCAGCUGAACCAGCACCAUUAUUAUUAAAUGUAACAGACCAGAUACUUCCGGGAGCCACUCCAAGUGCCGAAGGAAAACGGAAGAGAAAUAAGUCAGUGAGCAACAUGGAGAAAGCAAGUAUAGAGCCUCCUGAGGAGGAGGAGGAGGAAAGGCCUGUGGUCAACGGAAACGGAGUCGCAGUAACGCCAGAAUCCAGUGAACAUGAAGACAAGAGUGCAGGUGCCUCAGGGGAGACGCCCUCCCAGCCUUAUCCUGCACCUGUGUAUGGUCAGCCUGAGGAGCCCAAGGAACAGAUGGAGGACACAAAACCAACUAAGCCUGAAGAGAAUGAGGACUCGGAUCCAUUGCCUGAUAACUGGGAAAUGGCCUAUACAGAGAAGGGAGAAGUCUACUUCAUUGACCAUAACACAAAGACAACAUCAUGGCUGGAUCCACGACUUGCGAAAAAGGCUAAACCUCCAGAAGAGUGCAAAGAAAAUGAGCUUCCAUAUGGCUGGGAAAAGAUCGAUGAUCCCAUAUAUGGCACUUAUUAUGUUGACCACAUAAAUAGAAGAACACAGUUUGAAAAUCCUGUCCUGGAAGCAAAAAGGAAGCUACAGCAGCAUAACAUGCCCCACACAGAACUUGGAACGAAGCCCCUGCAGGCCCCAGGUUUCCGAGAAAAACCACUCUUCACCCGGGAUGCAUCCCAGUUGAAGGGAACAUUCCUCAGCACCACCCUAAAAAAGAGCAACAUGGGUUUUGGAUUUACCAUCAUUGGUGGAGAUGAGCCUGAUGAGUUUCUGCAGGUGAAAAGUGUGAUUCCGGAUGGGCCUGCAGCACAGGAUGGAAAGAUGGAAACAGGUGAUGUCAUUGUCUAUAUUAAUGAAGUUUGUGUCCUUGGACACACUCAUGCAGAUGUUGUCAAACUUUUCCAGUCUGUUCCCAUUGGUCAGAGUGUCAACCUGGUAUUGUGUCGUGGCUACCCUUUGCCCUUUGAUCCUGAAGAUCCUGCUAACAGCAUGGUGCCACCCCUUGCAAUAAUGGAAAGGCCACCUCCAGUGAUGGUCAAUGGAAGACAUAACUAUGAAACCUAUUUGGAAUACAUUUCUCGGACCUCACAGUCAGUUCCAGAUAUAACAGAUCGGCCACCUCAUUCUUUGCACUCCAUGCCAGCCGAUGGUCAGCUAGAUGGCACGUAUCCACCACCUGUCCAUGACGACAAUGUGUCUAUGGCUUCAUCUGGGGCCACCCAAGCUGAACUUAUGACCUUAACCAUUGUGAAAGGUGCCCAGGGCUUUGGCUUCACUAUUGCUGACAGUCCUACAGGACAGCGAGUGAAACAAAUACUUGACAUUCAGGGAUGCCCUGGCCUGUGUGAAGGCGACCUCAUUGUUGAGAUCAACCAGCAGAAUGUACAGAACCUGAGCCAUACAGAAGUAGUGGAUAUACUUAAGGACUGCCCUAUUGGAAGUGAGACUUCUUUGAUCAUCCAUCGAGGAGGUUUCUUUUCUCCAUGGAAAACUCCAAAGCCUAUAAUGGACCGAUGGGAGAAUCAAGGCAGUCCUCAAACAAGUUUAUCUGCUCCGGCCAUACCGCAGAACCUGCCCUUCCCACCCGCACUCCACAGGAGUUCCUUUCCUGACUCAACAGAGGCCUUUGACCCACGGAAGCCUGACCCAUAUGAGCUCUACGAAAAAUCUAGAGCCAUUUAUGAAAGUAGGCAACAAGUGCCACCCAGGACCAGUUUUCGAGUGGAUUCCUCUGGUCCAGAUUAUAAGGAACUGGAUGUCCACCUUCGGAGGAUGGAGUCUGGAUUUGGCUUCAGAAUCCUCGGGGGAGAUGAGCCUGGACAGCCUAUUUUGAUUGGAGCUGUCAUUGCCAUGGGCUCAGCCGACAGAGACGGCCGCCUACACCCAGGAGAUGAGCUCGUCUAUGUCGAUGGGAUUCCAGUGGCUGGCAAGACCCACCGCUAUGUCAUUGACCUCAUGCACCACGCAGCCCGCAAUGGGCAGGUUAACCUCACUGUGAGAAGAAAGGUGCUAUGUGGAGGGGAGCCCUGCCCUGAGAACGGGAGGAGUCCAGGCUCUGUGUCAACCCACCACAGCUCUCCACGCAGUGACUACGCAACUUACACCAACAGCAACCACGCGGCCCCCAGCAGCAAUGCCUCCCCCCCUGAGGGCUUCGCCUCCCACAGCCUGCAGACCAGUGACGUGGUCAUUCACCGCAAAGAGAACGAGGGUUUCGGCUUUGUCAUCAUCAGCUCCCUGAACAGGCCUGAGUCUGGAGCCACUAUAACUGUGCCCCAUAAAAUCGGACGCAUCAUUGAUGGAAGUCCUGCAGAUCGCUGUGCAAAACUAAAAGUGGGAGACCGGAUCUUAGCAGUGAACGGCCAGUCCAUCAUCAACAUGCCUCACGCUGACAUCGUGAAGCUCAUCAAGGACGCAGGCCUUAGUGUCACCCUUCGCAUCAUUCCUCAGGAGGAGCUCAACAGCCCAGCCUCGGCACCCAGCUCCGAGAAGCAGAGCCCCAUGGCCCAGCAGCACAGCCCCUUGGCCCAGCAGAGUCCUCUGGCCCAACCAAGCCCAGCCACCCCCAACAGCCCUGUCGCCCAACCAGCUCCUCCUCAGCCACUUCAGCUGCAAGGACAUGAAAAUAGUUACAGGUCCGAAGUAAAGGCAAGGCAAGAUGUGAAACCAGACAUCCGACAGCCUCCAUUCACAGACUACAGGCAGCCCCCGCUGGACUACAGGCAACCCCCAGGAGGGGACUACCAGCAACCCCCACCCUUGGACUACAGGCAGCCUCCCCUGCUGGACUACAGGCAGCACUCCCCCGACACCAGGCAGUACCCUCUGUCAGACUACAGGCAGCCCCAGGAUUUUGAUUAUUUCACUGUGGACAUGGAGAAAGGAGCCAAAGGAUUUGGAUUCAGCAUUCGAGGGGGAAGGGAAUACAAAAUGGAUUUGUACGUGUUGAGAUUGGCAGAAGAUGGGCCAGCAAUAAGGAAUGGAAGGAUGAGGGUAGGAGAUCAAAUCAUUGAAAUCAAUGGGGAAAGCACAAGGGACAUGAUGCACGCCAGAGCAAUAGAACUCAUCAAAUCUGGAGGAAGAAGAGUGAGGCUGCUGCUAAAGAGAGGCACAGGACAGGUCCCAGAGUAUGGAAUGGUACCUUCCAGUCUCUCCAUGUGCAUGAAAAGUGACAAGCAUGGGUCCCCAUAUUUCUACUUAUUGGGCCACCCUAAAGACACGACGAACCCAACUCCUGGAGUUCUCCCGCUGCCGCCUCCCCAGGUCUGCCGGAAGUAGGCGUCUCCCUCGAGGACAUCCUCUCUCCAUUCUCUCCAUCGCAUCCAGCCCCACCCUCCGACCCUUCCCACCAGAUAAGCCCAGACCCGACUUGGGAUAUCAAAAGGGAACACGACGUUAGGAAACCAAAGGAGCUUUCAG